ACUAACCCUCAAUGACAAAAUAUGAAUAAUUUGGGAAUAUUUAUUUAACUUAAGCAACUUCUGCCAUCUAGUGGUGAUUAUUUCAAGCAUUUUGUGUACGUGACCGUAAUUAAUUCUGCCAUCUAGUAAAAUAUAUAGCAACUACAUGAGUCCUACUACUCAACAAAAGAUGGCUCUGUAAAACUGUAACGAAUAGUUACUUCUACGCAACUAAAGAUGGCUCUGUACAACUGUAGUCGGUAAUUGUCGGUUAUCACGCCACUACGGAUUGAUUUAUUAACAGUGGCAACACUCAUCAACAAAUGUCAAUGUAGGUCAGCCUCGAAAUUUAAAAAUUCAAUGUAUUUUGUGACUAUAAGUCAGAAUUUUGAUAUCUACAGUCAAUAAUAAUGUCAGCUUUUAAAAUAUAUAAUGCAACAGAGUUAUGGCAGAGAGAAACUUGUUUACCUUCUAUACCCUCGUUCAGUUUGAGCUUGGAUAAUGCACUCGGCAAUGACGGGCUCCAAUUAGGUUCUAUUACAGAAUUAAUAGGACUGCCAGGCUCAGGGAAAACACAAUUAUGUUUACAAUUCUGUGCUUCUGUUCAAAUACCUAAGGUCCUUGGAGGACUAAGCUCUGAAGCCUUAUACAUCGACACCAAUACGAAUUUCAGUAUUUACAGGUUUAAAGAAAUCCUCUUUGCAAGUCUCAGCAAAUGCCAGAGCCUACUGCACACAAGCAUAGCGGUGCAGGAAGAGGAUGCUUUGAAGAAAUUACACUACAUAGAUGCAUUUGGUUUGGAGAAGUUCUGUGCAUGUAUUCACAACUUACCUAAAUUUGUCCACCAACAUUCUAAUAUAAAACUCAUAGUAAUAGAUUCCAUUGCAUUCCCAUUCAAAGAGGGCAUAUCUACGAAAAAAAGGACAGGGCUACUGUUCCGGCUGAUGGCGGAGUUACAUAAAACAGCAUUAGAAAACCAAAUUGCUGUGGUGUUAACAAACGAGAUGAGUACCCGUGUGGGUCUCUCCUCUGGCGCCAGCGUGGGUGCCCUAGGCGACGCGUGGGCGCACCGCUGCUCGCGCCGCGUGCUGCUCGCCGAACGCGGCGGGGAGCGCGCCGCACUCAUGCUCAAGUCGAACAACGCGCCAAACGUUGUUGGCACGUUCAAGAUAACCGAGGAAGGGAUAAGGGACGUACAUUGAAACCAAAUUGUAGAACAUAGUUUAAUUAUUAAUGUAAAUAUAUUGUAAACGAAACUACAGCAUCAAUAAAUAUCUCAUUUCACAAAAA